GCGCUGGAUAUGAUCCUUGACCUGGAACCUGACGAUGAGCUGGAGGAUAACCCAAACCAGUCCGAUCUCAUUGAGCAGGCAGCAGAGAUGCUCUACGGUCUUAUCCAUGCAAGAUAUAUCCUAACUAACAGAGGGAUUGCGCAGAUGAUCGAGAAAUAUCAAGCUGGAGAUUUUGGACACUGUCCUAGGGUAUACUGUGAAAACCAACCGAUGCUCCCAAUUGGAUUAUCAGAUGUUCCAGGAGAAGCAAUGGUUAAACUAUACUGUCCCAAAUGUAUGGAUGUUUACACACCCAAGUCAUCAAGGCACCACCACACAGACGGAGGAUACUUUGGUACUGGGUUCCCCCACAUGCUGUUCAUGGUGCACCCUGAGUAUAGACCCAAACGUCCGGCGAACCAGUUUGUUCCUCGUCUCUACGGAUUCAAGAUUCAUCCUUUGGCUUAUCAGAUCCAACAGCAAGCAGCAGCUAACUUUAAGACUCACGACACUAAACCUGGACGUCGUUAAUAUCCCCCGGAGCUGAAAACUAAUCAUCCUUGUAUCAUCUCGGGUUCAAGUCUCAAGAGCAGUCGAAGAAACUCCCCGGAGAACCUGUAACCUGAAACUUAAUCUUGCGCUGAAAUCCCAUGCAACGCAUUUCACCUUCCUAGCAAAAACAGUUAUAAAAAGUUUUAUCUAAAAUACGAACUACGUACACCCCUACUCUCAGUCCCGUAGGAGAUUUGUUAAAGGUCAAGAUAAUCAUAGACUUGGAUCAAAUGAUUCGUUUUCAUUUUUUUCAAGCUAUGUAAUGUAUAACCUGUUAUUUUCCAGAUAAUCCUACAGAAUCCGGCUCCUAGUUGAUAGUCCAGAUCCUGAGGACCAUAUCCGGAUACUCUAGGACCCGGUUCCUAGUCGCUAGCCCGAAUCCUGAACGAUGUAUCCGGAUACUCUAUUGGACCCGGUUCCUAAUCGCUAGCCCGAAUCCUGAACGAUGUAUCCGGAUACUCGAAAGGACCCGGUUCCUAGUCGCUAGCCCAAGUCCUGAACGAUGUAUCCGGAUAACUUUAUUUCCAUAGUUCCAAGGUUUCUUGUAACUCUCUGUUCCGUUUUCAGCAUUAAAACAAUUAUUAUUUGUCCGGGUUUGUGAACAGAGUGUUCUUGAAGCCCUGGAACAUAUUACUUUACUGUAGCUUCAUUAAUUAACUUGGAACACCUCAAAGGAUGAUUUUGUCUAGGUCGGUAAUUAUAGAAACAAUUUUUUUCAAGUGGAACUGAAAGACUGCGCAGCUGCGUAAAUCUGUGUGUAAAUGAUAAUUAUAUGAAGUUUGAUGUGUCAAAAUAAAAAUAAAAUAACAACAAUUGUUGGCGGUGUAAUUAUUUCCCUCAUUUAUUUCAGA